AGCUGUCAGGCUUCAUGUCUCCAUCCUCCCCUGAGGGAGGACGAGAAGAUGAGCUUCACCAACCAUCACUCCUUCAACAUCCUGAUCGUCCUCCUCCUGUCCACUGCAGCUCUCUCGGCACAUUUUCGGGUGUGUGAACCUUACACCGACCACAAGGGGCGCUACCACUUUGGAUUUCACUGUCCGCGUCUCUCGGAUAAUAAGACGUACAUGUUCUGCUGUCACCAUAACAACACGGCCUUUAAAUACUGCUGCAACGACACUGAGUUUCAGACAGUCAUGGGUGUCAACCUGACGACGUCUCCGGACGGCUACGCACACAACAAUUACUCGGCCUUAAUCGGCGUCUGGAUCUACGGAUUUUUCGUCAUGGUGUUACUGGCGCUCGAUUUCAUGUACUACUCCGCUAUGAACUAUGAGGUGUGCCGGGUGUAUCUGGAGAAGUGCGGUCUCGGGGGCCGCUGGUUGAAACAGGCCCGCAGCCAAUGGCACGCCUGCGCGCAGGAGGAACGGGACGGGGAGCGGUCCGACCCGCCGCAUCAACAGAACCUCAGGAGCAGCAUCAUCAGGUCAGCUGCGGUCACGGCAGACACAGCCUGACGGAGGGCACGGCACAGAUCGCACGCAACACGGCGACAGCCUGAGUGAGCAAAUAUAAAGACCACCUGUUGGAGUCCCCGAGUGAUGAAGUGCAUCAUGGGAAAUGUAGCACCUUCCCCCUGCCACAUGGACCUUAGAAUGCCACAGGGACCCGUCAG